AAGGAGAGGAAAGGAAAAGAAAAACAGGACAACAUUGUCCUGUUCCUCGUGCGGCGUGCGCCCGCAGCCGCGAUCUGACGGCCGCGCACUCGCACCGCACCAUCAUGGACUACGCCGCAGCCGCCUCUCACGCCGCGGCGCCGCCGCCCCCGCCGCCGGCGGAUCCCCACCACCACCCCCACUACCCUCACCCCUACGCCGCCUACCCUUACCCCUACGCGGCCUACCACCCGACUGCCCCAGCCUCCGACCCUUCCAGCGCCGCCUCAUCCUCGUACUACUACCCCAACGCGGUCUCGACCGCCGCCGCCGGCUCCGCCCCGCCGUACGACCACUACGCGGCGUACCAGUACUACGGUGCUCCCGCCGCGGCUGGAGCAGGCAGCGGCGCCUCCGGGGGCCUGUCGGGGUACUACUUUGGUGCCGGUGAGGCGUUUCAGGCGCAGUCGUCUUCGGCGUCGCAAGGUGCUCCUGGCGGCACCGCGGCGGCUGCCAAGGAGGCCGGGAAGCACUUUGGGUUCGAUCCUCAGCGCUACGCGCAGGCAGCCGCAUCCAGAGUUACAAAUGGAAUGGCACCACCAGUUACAGUCCUUGGCAUGCACCAUGCUCAGUGGAAUGCCCAGUUUGGGCAUCCUGUGCCGAAAACUGUUUCAAGAAAGCACAUAAAGAAAAAGCCAAAGGUUGUGCAACCAUUAACUUGUGAAGUUUGCAAGAUUCAGUGCGACACUCCAGAUGUUCUUAGGAUCCAUAAGACAGGAAAGAAGCAUAAGAAAAACUUAGAGAGGCUACAAGACUCUAUCACACCUAAAGCAGUAAAGCCUCCAAAUACUGCCACUCCAAGUGCGGCACCUGCUGCCAUCACUACCACUCCAAGUGUGUUGCCUGCUGUGCAGACGAAGAAGAAGAAGAGUUCUGCAGCAACCCCAGAAGAACUGGAGUUUAAGAAAAGACGUGUACUUGAGGCUGGAGCUGCUCAGGGAGAAGUGAAAAUAUGUACCGUGUGCAAUGUGGUUGUUAACAGUCAGAAAGUUUAUGAGUUUCACAUAGCUGGGCAGAAGCACCAGGCCAUGGCACAGAAACAGCAAGCGCAGCAACAGAUAGCCUGAGAUGAAAAGUAACUACGCUUGCUUAGUUUUCUCCAGCUUCAUUUUCUUGCAACAGAGAACAGAAUGUACAAGCUCCUGUACUCCCAAUGUAGCGUAGUUAUACGGCUUGAAGAUUGUUCGGGCUCUUGCCUGCCGCAGAUAAGUAGCUGAAGUUUGGAGCGAAGGUAGUUUUCUGCCUGUCUUCCAGUUGUUUAUUGACGAAUCCAGAUUGCAGAAUGUUGUUCUUGCUAUGUGAAUUUGGCCCUGUUGUUUAAUGACAUACCAUCAAUGGGACACCGUAUGUCAGGUUUGAAAUUUCGGUAUACACUUUUAUACCGGUGGGGUCAUUGGAAAUUUUU